AUGACUCGACGUCAAGGGGAGUGUCAAAUUCCAAGAGAGAGGAGAGGAGAGGGGAGCCAGAGAGAGGGGCGCAAGGGUGAGUUUUUACAUUGCAAGCUCUUUGCAAAAAUGGGGGACGACCGACCUUUUGUGUGCAAUGCUCCGGGCUGUGGACAGAGGUUUACCAAUGAGGACCACUUGGCUGUACACAAACACAAGCACGAGAUGACAUUGAAAUUUGGACCAGCCAGGACAGACUCUGUCAUUAUUGCAGACCAGACACCUACUCCCACCCGCUUCCUAAAGAACUGCGAGGAGGUUGGUCUGUUCAAUGAGCUGGCCAGCUCCUUCGAACAAGACGACGAUGACAAGAGAGCAAAGAACUCUCAUCCUGCACCCAACUCUGUGGCUUUGGACAUGAGCCUGCAGACGACAUCGGACGUGAAGGUGAAAAAAGAAGCACCUGUAGAGGUCGACUCCUCGCCACCAGAGAGCCCUGAAUCCAUCUCUGGAAGGUCAGACAGCAGCGGAGAGCUUCUGGUUAGAGGAAAGGACACACCACCCAGGAGUUCAGCCCCCACCCCGACAAUUGUGCGUCCAGGUUCCCUCCCACUACACUUGGGCUUUGAUGCCCUUCAGCCUACCAUGCCAUCACCCACCUCUGUCAUCACACAGGCACCACCUUCCAAUCGUACUCUGGGUUCACCAACCAGCCACUACCCAAUGAUGAUGCUUCCCUCUGGUCAGGCAGUGCCUGUGCUCCCUGGUCCAGUACAGAGUGUCAUUAAUCUGGCCCGACCUAUGUGCAUGGUACCCAACAUUCCUGGGAUCCCCGGUCCUCCUCUGGGAGGCAGCAGCAGCGGCUCUAACUCUCCCUCUGGCUACAGCAUGCACUCAGAGGCCAAGAUGCGUCUAAAGGCUGCGCUGUCACAGCAGAGUCCGUCAGGACAUAGUAUGGGAGUCAUGGCCAUGGGCAGCAGCCCCAUGGUACCUCAAAGGGCAGAGCAGAGCCAGCUGCUUGUCCAACAGCCAGAUGCUCCAUCACCUGCACAACCUCAGGUAUCUCCAGCACAGCCUACAGGUGGGCGUCGGCGGCGGACGGUAGACGAUGACCCGGACGAGCGAAGGCAGCGCUUUCUCGAGAGGAAUCGGGCCGCAGCAUCGCGCUGCAGACAGAAACGCAAACUUUGGGUCAGUUCCCUAGAGAAGAAGGCUGAGGAGCUCUGCAAUCUGAACGUCUCACUGUCGAAUGAAGUGUCUCUGUUGCGGAACGAGGUGGCUCAUUUGAAGCAGCUGCUGCUGGCCCACAAGGACUGUCCUGUGACCAACCUACAGAAAAAGACCGCCUACUUAGCUGCAGAGGAGAGCAUGAAAGACACCUCAGAGCCCACAGGUUCCCCUGCCCCGGUUAUCCAGCACAGCUCUUUGGCGCCCAGCCCCUCUGCAGGGCACAACGGCCUGAGCUCAAGGGCAGCAGCUGAGGCCAUGGCUAUGUCCGUGCUGGCAGGAAUGGGCCAGCACCAGAGGGCUGAGAGUGGACCCUCUCACAUUAUCAUGGCUUCACAGUCUCAAUCUGCUGCCAGAUGAUGAGCGAUGCCACCACGGCCCAGAAUUGGCUCACACUCGUCACCCAGGGGUAGAAAAGAGCAGUGGACCCCCCCCCCCCAGAAGUCCAAAUUUCUCAUCCUCCCCUUCCCCCUUCGCCGUGCUCCUCUGCUCUCUCUGACCCUCCGGUAGAGCCAUCAUGCUGUGGCCUGGAGCUCAGCAGCAGCCUUCUGGGAAUGGACUGAGACUUUUGAGAGAGCUUCCUGUUCACUUUGCCAUAGACUACAGGGGCUGGACUCCAACCUCCCAUCCUCGUUUCCCCUCUGUGCUUCCCCGCUCAACUCUCCUCACCCUCAGUCAAAACGACUCUUCACUGGACUGUAGGACUGCAUCGCUCCGAGUGUACUGCCGCUAAUGAACUUCCCACGUGGACACGCACCACACAUUGUGCACAGUUUUUAACACACAGGUGUUCUUGAUCAAAUCAGAUACCAAACAACACACAGGGCUUUACACUGUUUUCAGCAGGGAAUAGUGCCUUGUGCUCCUCAACUUUUUAGCCUUGCACACACCUACGCAUGCCAUCACAGCAUACCUCCCUAUACAUCCUUGGCUCCAAAGAUGCAGUAGUUGUCUAGACGUCAGUGACUCAGAUCUCAAAUAUUUGCCGAAAAACCUUUUUGUAAAUUGUUCCACCUCAAGGUGAUCUCAACAUGGACCCAAAAACCUUACCUCAUUUAAACCCCUUUAUGAUAAAAUGGAUUAGUGUGUGUGAUUGGCUCUGUGUGUAUAUAUUUAUGUACAUCAGAACAUAGCAGUUUGCCUACUCCUGAUCUAAUGCGUUAAUAGCUGGAUUGUUAGCAUGUGACUUUUUCUAUUAGGGUGUUUUGUUCCAGAUACAGUAUGUGCAGCUAUAUUUUUUUUAAUCAAUUGGCACAUCCUCCCACAUUAGUCGACAGAACCAAAAUACAUUGGGUUGAGUGUAUUAUCUUAAAAUUAGUUUGUUUGAGUAAUAGCUUUUAAUCACCUGAAGGGAAUUCAACUCCUCCCCUCCUCCCGACUUUCCUCUAAAACAGGCAGUUUUGCUGUUAAUUGGUUUGUAAGUGGUUGCCUUUUCCAUUUUAUAUGAUAUUCUAGUGACUGUGUGGGCUCGGGACUUACUGUAACUGUUAUUUUCACACUUCUCAGGAUGGUUGCACAUCCUUGCUGCUUGU